AUGGUCAUUCUAAGUCAACAGUUAGUGAUAGACCAACGUCGUUGCCGUUGUCUCGCGAGCAAUUCAUCAUGUUGGCCAGAUGCUUUAGUAUGGCAAUCAUUCAAUGAAACCAUUGACGGACGUCUUCUCUCAUCUGAGCCUUCGGCUGUUGUAUGCAAUGAGAAACCAUAUAAUGCCGAAGCAUGUGCUUUAGCCAUCGCACAAUGGUCGAAUUCGACAUGGCGUAGUGAUCAAGCUGGUGCACUGCAAAAUCAUAAUUGGGAAAAUAGUUCAUGUUCAAUUUUCACAAAUAGCACAACAUGCAAUCAAGGUUCGGUGUCUGUAUUCGCUGUUAAUGCAACACUGCCAGAACAUGUUCAAAAAACCGUUCGAUUCGCUGCUACGAAUAAUUUUCGUUUAGUUAUCAAAAGUACUGGACACGAUUACUUAGGUCGAUCAACGGCAGCUGGAUCUCUGCUUUUAUGGCUACAUCAUAUGAAAACCAUGACAUUGAUUGAACAGUAUUCAUCUUGUGGUCAUGCAAGUGUAUCAAAUGCUGCUCGAAUAGGUGCAGGUGUCCAAUGGAGCGAAGUUUAUCGAUGGCCGAAUGAAUUCAAUUUGACAGCAAUUGGAGGAGCAUCAAUGGUCGCUGAUGCCAGUUGGUCUGGCUAUUUCAGUAUGCUAGAUAUGAGACUCAGUGGUGUAUUUCAUGUACCUAAUGGAAAUGUGACAGUAGUCAAUGACACAUUAAAUCAAUUUGCAGUUAACAAUAGCGAUUUAGAUUUUGGAAAGACAUUGAUUUUCACUAUUCCAUCAUUUUAUGAUUACUUUACGCUCAUAUUGGAUCCAUCCAACCCUACUGGAUUCAAUGUUCUACUCAGUUCACGUCUCAUUCGUGAAAGUAUCGUUCGUAAUUUACCAGAAAAAGUCGCUGAAGUUUUUGCUCAAGUGCGAGGUCAAUCGGUAACUGGAUCAAUUCUUCUUGGGCAUAUUGUAGCCGGUGGACAAGUAUCAAACACAUCCAACACAAAUAACAGCGUCAAUCCAGGAUGGCGUACUGCUCUUCUUCAUAUGGUUAACUCCCAGGGUUGGUUAGAUACAACAUCUGAAGAUAUUAAAGAAUACUUAGCUAAGGAAGUCACAAGUCGAACAGAUAUUUUAGAUCAAUUAUUGAAAGAAUUAUUAAGACGUGAAUCAUCUAUUAAUACAUUAAAUGAAUUUUUAAAAUACGCCAAAAUUGAACAAGAUUUACGUGAUAGGAUUUGUAAUCUAUCAAUUGAUUCACAACAACUCUAUUCUAAUUUCAAUCGUCCAUCAAUUCCAUCAUUAACUGCUACAGUCAAUCCAUCAAAACAGUAUUAUCAUAAAAUAAAACACAACAAUCCCCGUUCACAUUCAACACAAUUACAGAGCUCUGUUUCUCGACGGAACUCGGUUCCAGCACUUGGAAAUCGAACAUCAACAAUACAUAAUACAAAACAAAUUCAGAAUUAUACAUCACAAUCAACAUUAAAGCAGAAUCCAAUCAAUACUGGAUCCACAUCACAACAUCAAUUCAAUAACUGUAAAGUUUGUGGUCGCAAAAAUCAUCGGACAAUUGAUUGUUAA